AUACGGGUCAGACUAAUUAGCAUCAUUCACAACUUUUCCUCAUUCUUCAUUCUUGAAAAGUGAUAAAGGACAAUUUAGAAACCCAACUCAGCAACAUCUGAAGGAGGAAGACAGGAACCUAGCCAUUGCUGUACAAUAUGUGCUGCAGUGAAAUAUGUGAAACCACAGUAAAGGUGGACAAACUUAUUCAAGCUGUAAGUUCACUCAGUGAAGCCAAUUAAAGAGAAUAAGAGUCUUUACUAAGAUCAGCCUGAAUUAUUCAGAAUGCCAUGAGUAAUCUUUGAAAAACUAUGAAGAGGACAGGAUUAGUUUUAAAACCACAGACAGCUGGUUCCAUUCAGUAGAGUCAGUAUCAAGGGCACAAAUUGUUUAUUAGGCCACACACAGCCAGAUUCCUCCAUUUCUAACAAUAAAGUUGGGAAUGCUCCAUUUUGGCUGCAAAAGCCCAGAAAAAUCCUUCAAUAACCAAUACAGAAGACACAUUGCUGGAUUGAAAUACACUCCUGACUUGCACGGAAUAUAUUUCGCUCUUAAAGUUUUCAUUUGGGGUAAUGGAUUAUGCUUCAUCCAAUCCGAUGAUGAAAUGAGGUCUUAGUUGAGACGAUCUUGUGUCAGCACACUCGACAAAGCCGACUAAAACACAACUGAAACGGACAAAUGAGGCAGUAAACCCAGAUUCUGGUGACCAAGAGUUCACCGACCUCUCCAAACACUGCCAGCAACAACAAGGUUCCAUCAUAAAACAUCUUGUUGAUGGUGAACAGGCCUUGCGGAGCCAGGAGUUGAACUACUUACUGCUGAAUUCCCACUCUCUCAUCAACUGUUAAAAUCACAGUGUUCAUACUGCUGGUCACAUUCAGGUUCUGGUCAGUGGAAUACAACUUAAUAUUGAUGGUGGGAGAUUCAAUGAUGGUAAAGCCUUUGAAUGUCAAAGUAUUGAGGUGAAUGAAAGAUGUUGAGAUUCGGUCUUGUUGAAGAUGGUCAUUGCCUGGUACUUGUUUGGCAUGAAUGUGAUUUCCCACCUGCUAGCCCAAAUUUGUAUCAUGCUAUGUAAUUACAUGGACUGAUUCAGUACCUGAGGUCUCACACUGAAAAAUACCCAACCAUCAGUGAACAUCGUGACUUCUGACCUAAGGAUGUAGUGAAGGUUAUUGAUGAAGGAGUUGAAAAUCUUUGGACCUAACACCGUUUCAUGAGGAACACAUGCAGUGCUGUCCUGUGUCUGAGAUUGCUGUACCUGAACAGUUUCACUGGGGGCACAUAACGCCAAGGAAUUUGUUAGGGCCCACAGCCUUUGCUAUAUCCCUAGGUGUUAACUGAACACCAGGUCUGGCAGGAUUUGGAGGCAGAUUCAGGAAGCCCAUUUCCUCUCUUUGUUUUAUUCAUGGAAUGUGGACAUCAUUGACUAGGCAGCAAUUUAUUGCCCAGUCCUAUUUCUCCAGAAGAUAAUUGCUGUGGGAUCUGGAGUCACUUGUAGGCCCAGACCAGAUAAAGACAGGAGAUUUCCUUGUACAAAAGGUCAUGAAUGAACUCGAUGGUUUUACAGCUAUCCUCAUUGGGUACAUGCUCAACACAUGUUUCAGUUCCAGGUUGUUUUUUAUUUGAAUUCAAACCUCACUGUCUGCCAUGAGGGGAUGUGAACCCAUGUCCCCAGAUCAUUAUGUGAGGGGAUUCCCAGCUCAGUGACAUCACCGCAAUCUCAGCAUCUUCCCUCACAUCAAGGAUCCAUCGAAACAUAUCUUCUCUAAAGGUAUGUGAAUGUUGGGAUAAUUUCAAAAGUAUUUCCAUAUCAGAGAUGAUGGCACUUUUGGAGACUGAGGUUUGUCUGAUAUUUUGGCGAUUGAAGGAGAUGAAACUGCAGUUGAAAAUCAGCAAUGAUCUCAUUGGGUGGUUUAGCAAUAUCGAGGGGCUGAAUGGUCUCUGUCCCAAUGAAUUGCAGCUCAGCUCAUUCUCCCAGCAACUGGUGAUGACAGUGGAAGUGUUUCGGUGAUUGGGAAGUCCCGAUCCUGGGCGGAGUUAUGCAAUUUGUUUGUUGUCUAUUCUGCCGGAGUCUGGUGACUUACGGGGACGUUUUAUUGUGAUUGGAUGGAUGAUAGUUUGGGAGUGUGAAGGUGUCUCGGUGAAGAGGAACAGGAACAAAAACUGAAGCAAAGUGCUGAAAAAUCUGUCGGGAGAGAUAUUGAAGACUCUUCUUCAGAACAGUUUAAUAUCACUCUCGAUGACAGCUCACAGACUGAGAGUGUCCGCUGGAAAAUAAUUUAUCCACCAUAACUGUCAACUGAAGUCACGAUGAUUGGACUGAUCGUGCUGGGGCUUCUAUGGGGAGAGCUCUCUGCAGAAACUCACUCUCUCCGGUAUUUUGACACUGGUAUGACUCCGAUUCCCAAUUUCCCAGAGUUUGUGAUCGUUGGUUAUGUGGACGGGGUCCAGUUUGCUAUGUAUGACAGCAAUCGCAAGGAUAUAAUCCCCCGGGAACAGUGGAUGGUGGACAGCGAGGGACCUGAGGCCUGGAAGCGGAAACUUUCCCUCGCUCAGGAGCGAGAAGACAUUGCCAAACUGCAUAUUCCGAUAUUUAUGUCACGGACCAACCAGACAGGGGGGAUCCACAUUUACCAGAUGAUGACUGGCUGUGACCUGAGGGAUGAUGGGACUGUGAGCGGGUUCAACCUCAGAGGAUGGGACGGGCAAGAUUUGAUCAGCUUCGAUAAGGACCACAUGGUAUGGAUGACUCCAGUCCCCUGGGCGGAAAGCAUCAAAAACAGAUGGGACCAGGAUGUGGUGGAUAAUCAGAGGUGGAAGCAUUACCUGGAAGUGGAGUGCAUCGAGUGGCUGAGGAAAUACCUGGAGUAUGGACAGAAGGAACUGAGAGUCGUUGCCCCCAUUGUGUCCUUUAUCCGUCUGGGUGAUUCUAACCGACUGUCCUGUCUCGUCACUGGGUUUUACCCACGAGCCAUCGAUGUGACCCUUUGGAGGGACGGAGUGUUGAUCGGUGAGACCCUGUCCACAGGGAUCUUACCCAAUCACGAUUGGACUUACCAGAUCCGGAAAUGGAUAGAGUUUGAUCCAGAGGAUCAGACUGAAUAUUCCUGUCAGGUGGAGCACAGCGGGCUGGAGGAGAAGCUGGUGGUGAUUUAUGUCCCAAAGUCUCACUCCCAGGUUCUUGUUACUGUCGGGAUUGUAUUUGGACUCCUCGGGAUCAUCUCUCUCGCUGUUGUAGCUGUCGUCGUUCACAAGAAGAAAGGGGGAAUGAAGAGCGGCUACAAUCUCACAAACACUUCUGAUGAAAGGACAUCCUCAGACGAUUCUGCCAUUUCCUGAGGUUCCUCUAAUGUCCUUGCUGGAAACCAGGUUUCCAUUGCUGGAAUUGAUCUUCUAAUUUGUUCAUCCUCAAUUUCAGGAGUGAUUUGAAUUGUCAGUCUGGCUUAGUGAAAUGUCUACAUUUUGUUAAUAAUAGAUUAUUGAAAUCUAUUGGCAGAUGUUGAAAUGUGAAUUCAGUCAAAUUUAAAAUGAAGAGACAGCUUAA